AUUUUUAAAAGGGAUUUUAAAAGCGCUUUAUUCAUUCUCGCGUCUCGUUCUUGUGGUGUUGUUUUAUUAUCAUCUCUUUUAUUUUUGAGUAAUAAAAAUACAUACCAAAAAUAUUGGUAAUUCGUCGCGUACGUUCGUGUCUUACCAUACAUCGCUACAUAGUAACAUCGACAUUUCCGAAGGAUUUUUCCAGCGAUUUUAAUCAUGUUUCCUGAGAGCAGCACUGGGUACAGCUAUGAGGAUUGCCAGGCCACAGCUGACUGGCUUCGGUCCCAGACUGCAGUGCGUCCUCUGGUGGGCAUCGUGUGCGGUUCGGGUUUGGGUGGACUGGCUGACGCCUUGAAAGACCAGGUGGCCUUCGACUACAGGGACAUCCCCAACUUCCCCCAAAGUACAGUGCACGGUCACGCUGGACGGCUGGUGUUUGGCACUUUGAAGGGCAGACCUUGUGUCUGCAUGCAGGGACGGUUUCAUCUCUAUGAGGGAUAUCCCAUCCAAAAGAUUACGAUGCCCAUGCGGAUAUUCAAACUGCUGGGUGUGGAGACCGUGAUUCUCACCAACGCCGCUGGCGGACUAAACCAGGACUAUAAAGUAGGCGACAUCAUGAUCAUCAAAGAUCAUCUCAACAUGCCUGGAUUUGCUGGAAACAACCCUCUGGCUGGACCCAAUAACGAAAGGUUUGGCGUUCGUUUCCCCUGCAUGUCUGACGCAUACGAUCGAGAACUCCAGCAGCUGGCGCUCGACGUGGGUUCGGAGCUCGGUUACAGUGACUUCCUGCGAGAGGGUGUGUACUGCGUUCUAGGCGGACCGUCGUUCGAGACGAUCGCAGAGUGCCGCAUGCUGCACAAACUGGGAGCUGAUGCUGUCGGCAUGAGUACGGUUCACGAGGUGAUCGUGGCACGGCACUGUGGGAUGCGCGUCUUCGCUCUGUCUUUGAUAACUAAUGAGGCAGUGAUGGACUACGACAGCGAGGAAAAGGCCAAUCAUGAGGAGGUUCUGCAGACGGGCAAACAGAGGGCGGAGCAGCUGGAGAGGCUGGUGUCCACCGUAGUCACCCGGAUAGAACACAACAACAAUUUUGCUUAAGACAAAAGAACGCUCAUUCAUCUGUGAACAAACAUUAUGGUUAUGGUUGCAAAAACUGUCAAACAGGUCAAUUCAACUUAGCUCCCACUUAUUUAUACUUUCUGAAUCUUUUUAAACCCUUCAUUUUUGGUCUGUGAUAUUUUGCGCUUAUGUAUAUAAACCUGGUCAACAGGAAAGUGCUUUUUUUUUUCUUUCUCUCUCUCUCUCUGUAAAAAAGAAAAAAUACAAAUAAUUUUUACAUUCCUCUGAAUGCCAAAACUAAUGUUUCUCAUUUCUAAGUUGACGUUUACCAUUUGUUGCUAUGUCUUAAUUUAAAAGUUGAAUUCUUUGUAAAACUUUGAUUGCUUUGUAGUAUUUGUCAGUAGAUGUACAGUAAAUGUCUAUCUUAUGUGUGGUUUUUUUUAACAUUUAUUAGUAAAAUUGGCUAUUUAUUACGCAUGUCUCCCUUUCGUCUAUGGUGGAAAAGUGAGUUUUGUGUACAAUUUUAAUAUUACACAUUACACAAAAAAACAUCUUAAAUGCUGGUAGUAUUUCUAUGGGGUCAUGGUGAUGGGGAAAUAUUGAGAUGGGAGAAAAAAAAUUUGAAUGCUUUUUCUCGUUCCCAAAACCUGUGAUGGAAAUAAUAUCACUUAGGAGGGAAAAUAAUGUCAAUGCUUUUUGUGAGUGAAUGCAAAGUUUCUCAGGGGAAUGCAAUAUUUUUGCGAGUGAAUGCAAACCAUUGAAAUGUUUAUUAUUUUUUUCCCCAUCAAAUAUUUUUUUUUCCAACACUG